AUGUACCCGAAUCGCCGGCGGGAACCGCGGAAAAAUACUCGUCGGCCCUGCCGGUGCGGCAUCAAUCCUGAGCUAAACAUAGACGGUGGUAAGCUAGAGCCGAUCGAGUGUGACCGUCAUUGCGCCGACGGCAACGACUGUGGCGAGUCACGCAACAUGGCUGUGUUCGAGAUUACAGCGUACCAGAUAUGCCCACGAGAAGCUGAAGCGCUAGACAAUCCAAUUUCUUCUCAAGAUGGACAGAAAAUUGGAGAGCCAUGGGACUACCAAGAAAAGUUCGACACCACCAAUUUUUUCAAGUUCACCGAAGAUUCUUCGUUCUCGUGGGUGGAUGAGGAGCCCGCCGAAGAAUGCGAUAUAAAUGAUGACCACAAGAAACUGCUAGCGCAGGUUGAUGUGUGGGAGGACGCCGUCACGAACUCGCCAAGAGUUUUUUGUGGGAUCUACACGCAUCACAAGAACCAUGCGACUAAAGUGAUGGCGAUCAAGGAGACCUGGGCGCGCCACUGCGACGGAUUUGUGGCCUUCAGCGACGUCGCCGACGAUGCAAUUCUUUCGAUCAAGCACGAGGGUCCGGAAGAAUAUUCCAAUAUGUGGCAGAAGAGCAGGGCGAUCUGGAAGUACAUCAACUUCCACUACAAGGACGAUUUCGACUGGUUCGUUCUUGGGGGCGACGACCUCUUCCUUAUCGUGGAGAACCUGCGCAAGGUGUACCUCCUAUCGGACGAAAUCAUCCGUGCGGCUGGGGGGCUACAAAACGGGGGCACGAACCCGAUCUUCCUAGGACGGCGUUUGCAACGCUUUGGCGAGCAACAUCGAAUAUACAACAACGGCGGGGCAUCAUACGUGAUGAACCAGGCGUCGGUGGGGCUGUUGGGAAAUCACCUGGAUGACAGCCGCUGCCAGCCUCACGCAAAGCAAUCCUGGGAAGACGUGCUGGUGAGCAUUUCCAGGGCGUCAUUUAAGAAAACAGAGGUCUCUCGGUGCCUAAGAAAUAACGGUGUGAUGGCAUUCGACACUCGGGAUGGUCUUGGGCGCGAACGAUUUCAUCCUUUUUCGCCGGCGGUUCAUAUUGGGUAUCGGAUGCCCGAGACACCAGAAGAUCGUCUGGUCUCAGGAUUUCUUGUCGGUGGAUGGUACGGUAUCCAGGCGAUUGAACUUACGUUCGGUCUCGAGUGUUGCUCUCAAGACUCUAUCAGUUUUCACUACAUAGACGAGCAGCUCAUGAGGCGACUGUACCAUCUUGUGUACUCAUGCCCGGAAGAAGCGGAGGGUACGAUUGGCCUACGAUGACGUGAACACCAUGAGUACCGGUACCGUUCACCUGGUGAUCGUUCGCGUGCACUUGUCUCGCAACCGACUGUGUUUGAUACCGCCACCACGUGGCAAAGUAGGGUAGGUUGUUUGCCGUCGGGCCGAGCCCGGCACUUGUGUUUCAUGCUCAGUUGUUUUUUGAGGCUCUGUUGCAAUAUUGUACAUGCUACAUGUUAUCGGGAUGUAAUGGGGCCGUUUCAGGGCCAAGUCCAAGUCGUUUUGGAUCGUUUUCCGUGGCAAGCGAAAGUUCGUCAUUCGAGCCACAGCGUAUUGAAGCUCAGUCGGGUUGUAGACUAAAAGUUUGGCGCAGCGUUGAGUAGCGGUAGACUGUUGAAGUCUUGAUCGGGGAUCAGAAUCCCAGCCCAGCGCACACUCUCCGAGUGAGCUACGAGCGGUAACGGUGAGCAUA